CUCGCAUGCCAGGUAACCAAUGGACACAAUAUUUACUUCCGGUGCAAUUUCGAUAAUUUUCCAUAACAAUUUUAAAUCCUUAUGUUUGCGUUCAUUUCUUCGUCAAGACUCAACAAAUAGUAAAAUAAGAUCCAAUCAAAAUGCCAGCCAAGAAAAAGAAGAAGUCAGGAAAGCUGUCAAAGAUGACAGAGGAGGAGAGAAUGGCCUAUGAAGAGAGAAAGCGCCUAGAAGAAGAAGAGAUGAGGAAAAAGAAAGAAGACAUGUUAACCCAGUUUUUAAAAGAUAAAUUAACAAAAGAAGAACAAGCUACCAGGUUUAACAUGAGUAAACUGAAUCAUCAAUGGAGAAACAUAAUGAGAGAGUCUAAGUCGAAAGAAUUGAAGAAAGAUAUUGAAAUAUUGAGUCAAACAUUUGAACGUGUUGUAGAUAGAAAAGAUGCUGUGAUUAAAUCUCUUGCUAAAGACUUGAUGGAAGCUGAAGAACAAUAUUCUAUGGCUUUACGUAGUCAUAUUCAAAAUAUUGAUAACCUUAUAGCACUCCAGCAACAACUCCUCAGUAAAUAUGAAGACCAGUACACUGAUGAGUUAGAAAUCAUUAAGGAAGAGUUUGAUACAGAGAGGGCCAUGUUAAUAGAACAACACAAUCAGGAGAUGAAUGAUGUGGCAGACAUUUUAUUUGCUAUGGAACAAAAUUACCAAGAGCGAGAGAAUGAUGCUAAAGCUGAUUUCCAGAGUAUGAGAGAUGAAAUCAAAAAUAAAAAUUUAGAAGAAAAACAUGCAUUAAGAGUACAACUUGAAACUAAAGUUGAUGAUUUGUGGCAGCAAUUUAGAACCGCUUUACAAAACUACAACGAAACUACAGAAGAACGUAAAACAGCAUUUGAGGGACUGAAGAAAAGAGAUGAAAAUAGUGCCAAGGAAAUAGAACAACAGAUGAGAAAGCUGCAAAGAAUAUCUGACCAAAUUGCUGCACUGAAAAGUAAGAUGUCUGGCAAUGCCAAGGAAUGUGAUGAGAAGAAUCGACAGUUAAAAGACGAAAGAGAAAAGAUGCUGUCUCACUUUCAAGAUCUAAAGGCCCAAAUGAACAAGCUACGAGAUGCAGAGAGAGAAAAGCUGACAAAACUUACACUAGAAAGUAAUGCAGCAAUUAAAGAAUUAAAACGACAGAGUGAAAAAGGUGAACAGAUUUUACGAUUAUCUGAGAUGUGUAGAAAACUUGAAACCGAGGAGGAGAAGGUUUUACCAUUCUAUGCAUCAUCAUUAACCAAGGAAGAAGAGGAAGAUGUACAGGGAGCCAUACUGGAACCACCGUCUGAAAAGCUGGCUACAGUUAUGCACGAAUACUCUUCCCUAGAUAACUUCUGGAAGCGUUUCAACAAAGUUUUAUUAGAUAAGCUCGCAUUAGACAAAGAAAAACAAACUUUGUCUGAAGAGAAUCAACAGCUGAGAACCCUACUCAAACAAUAUUUAGAUGGUAUAUCCGUUAACGAUGAGAUCUUGAGCCAAGUUAACCCACUAUUUAUUGUCAAUAACAAAACUAACGUUACAUUAAAUAUUCCAGUAGUAGAUCCCAGAAUAAGACGUCCUGCACCACAAACUGUUAUUGAAGCCGCACAUGUUGUAAAGCAUUUACCUGCUUAAGGAGUUUCAUUAAUAAAUUUGAUAUGGUGUACCAUAUAUUUAUAUAUAAAGGUUUUCUGUAAUGUGUGUAACAAUAAAAAUCAUUUUACAGGUA